AUGAGCUCAUUCUCAUUCAACGCUAAUGUUUUUCACAUUUUUAAUAUCUUAUUUACCCCAAUACCUAAUAUCGGGCAUUUUCACGCGACAUACUUUUCCUGGGGUCAUUAUUCUUUUUUAUUAUUUAUUUUUUCUUUUAUCUUAUUUUUGCUUCUCUUUAUCCUCUUUUUAUACUCUCUUCUAUUUCGUUUCUUUCUUUUUUGGUCUUUCCCUUUUUUUAUUUGUUUCUCUUUCCCUAAUUUUUCUUCGUUUUUUUCUCUUUCUCUUCUUUUUGUUUUCCUCUUUCUCUUCUUUUUGUUUUUCUUUUCUUUCCCCUCCAUUUAUUCUUCUUCUCUUUCUCUUCUUUUUAGUUUUCUUCUCUUUCUCUUCUUUUUAUUUUUUCUUCUCUCACCCUUCUAUUUGUUCUUUCUUCUUUUUUUUUUUUCAUUUUUCUUCUCUUUCCCUCCUUUUUGUUCUUUCUUCAUUUUCCCUUCAUUUCAUUUUUUCUUCACAUUCCCUUCAUUUUCUUUUUUCUUCUUUUCAUUUUUUCUUCUCUUUCCCUUUUUUUAUUUUUCUUCUCUUUCCCUUUUUCUUUCUUCUCUUUUUCUUUUUGUUUUUUCUUCAUUUUCCCUUAUUGUUGUUCUUUCUUCUCUUUCCCUCCUUUUUAAUUUUCUUCACAUAACAUUCUUUUUAUUCUUUCUUCUAUUUCCCUUCAGUUUAUUUUUCUUCUUUUUCCCUUCAUUUUAUUUUUCUUCUCUUUCCCUUUAUUUUAUUUUUCUUCCCUUUCCCAUUCUUUUUGUGUUUACUUCUCUUUCCCUACUUUUUGUUUUUCUUCUCUCUGGUCCAAAAAGUCUAUAG